CGCGGAGAAGCGGCGCCGGGAGCAGGAGCACCGGUACCUGGAGGAGCUGGCGGAGCUGCUCUCGGCCAACAUCCGCGACAUCGACACCCUCAGCGUCAAACCCGAGAAAUCCAAGAUCCUGCGCAAGACCGUCGACCAGAUCCAGCAGAUGAAGAGGCUGGAGCAAGAGAAAACGGCGGAUGACGAAGUGCAGAAAUCCGACAUCUCCUCCAGCAGCCAAGGGGUGAUCGAGAAGGAAUCCCUGGGACCUCUUCUCCUGGAGGUUGGAAUUUCCCUUGGGAAUUUCCCCCCCCCCUCCCCCUCCCUUCCCAACGCUGGUUUUCCUCACGGAUAA